AAUUUCUGUCCCCAUCUAUGUACUAACUAGGGUUUAAGAGAGGGAUUUGUCGGAAAAAAACUAAAUUUCAAAUUCGUUUACGUCUUUCUGAUAUCUAUCUUCCUGGCUGCCAGCAGUCAUUGUUUUAGGAAGUUCGAGCGAAUGGGUUCCUCUGUGAUUACUUCACUGUCUCAGAGCUUCAAACAAGUUCCUCCAACAGCUGUUCCUGCUUUUCUCGACUGUGUCCUAAGCUCCACAGGCGUCUCUCCCUCCUCCCUCUUCGAAUCACUCAUCAAAGAGUUGCCUUUUCGCGUGGAGGACACGAAUAGUGGCGACAAGAGAUUCACUCCUGAUGAUUGCAACCACAUUGCUUCGUUGGUUGCUGGUCUUUGUCAUCUACUAAAGAGUUUUGGGUUUGGUACUGAGGAUAAUCAUAAUGCGUUGCAGUUGUUUGUGUGGAGUGUGUUUGUUCCACUUAUGAAGAUGGUUCGUGCUUAUGACUUGGAUAUGCUUAAUAAGAUUGUACAAUCGUUCUUUGAUGUUGUGAUCGAGACAAGUGCGUUGGUUGUAUUGGAAGUGAGUUUGGUGCCUUUUUUACUGAGAUCAGUUGGUGUUUCGAUGGGAAUGAUUCAACACGAAGAAUCAGAUUUCAUUAGAUGGGGAGAGUUGUUGCUUGGUGGCUCUCUGAGUACAGAUAAUAUGGAUGGAAACUACAUUGGAUCUUUGUCUGAGUCAUUUCCGAUCCCACUAUCGUGCCAUCUUUUGAAUCUGAUUCUGAACGCUGCUUUUCAAAGUGACCAAGCAGCUCCAAAGGUUGAGAAUUUUGCAGCUGGUAUGCUGUGGGAUCUGUGUAAUACCACUGAGAGGCUCUUGUCACAAAGUGUUGAGCAUCGUUCAUGUGCUGUUAGUUUCCUCCUCCCUGCUAUUUUCAAGGCAUUCUCUUCUCAGUCUUCUCUGAAGAUCUCACUUCAAGGAAAUGUGUACAUACUUUCAAGGAAUGGCUUCAAGAAAAGGAUUUGGGAAUGCUGCAAGAAGCUCUUCUCGGUUGGAUCAAUAGAGAGAAGGGAUGCUUACAGUGUUCUCUCUCUGUGUCUUUCUUCUGACUCUCGGACGGACGGAACAGAAAGUUAUGUCUCAGAAAAAGACGAUGUCGAGUUUGACUUUAGGUCCGAACAAGAGUUUUGGGAAGAAAUCAAGAAAGGCUUGGUUUUUGAUGAGAGCUUAGUGAGGAAGCAGUCAUUGCAUAUACUGAAAUCAGUUUUAUCUAUAAGCGAAGUGAGUAAGGCGAGUUCUGAGAAGAAGCCAGAAGGGAACUCAGUUCAUCGUGCUUUGUCGAAGAAGGAGAUGUGGGCAGAAAAGGAAGCCAAGUCACUGGGUGUGGGAGAAUUGUAUGGCUCUGUUGAAUCUGCUUUGACUAGUCAGCAGCAGCAGUGGCAAGCUUUUGUGCUCCUUUAUGAGAUGCUUGACGAGUACGGCACUCAUCUCGUAGAAGCUGUGUGGAGUAACCAGAUUGAUUUGUUAAUCAAAUCAUCUUUCAGAUAUGAAGAAACUCCAGAUGAAGAAACUGAAAUAUUUAAUUGGUUAGAGGUUCUUUGGAAUCGAGGCUUUAGUCAUGAUAAUCCUCUAGUCAGGUGCACGGUCAUGGAGUCUUUUAUGGGGAUUGAAUGGAGAAGAUACAAAACAUGUACACAAUCAAUGUCCCAGACCUUCGUUCUUGGGCCUUUCAUAGAGGCGUUGAAUGAUUCUACACAUCACAAGGAUUUCGGACUGAAAGGAGUAUAUACCUCAAGAACAAUUGAAGGUGCAGCUCAAUAUGUGUGUGCGUACACAAGUUGCCUUAACCCAAGGAAUCGGAUUGGAUUUUUGAUCAACUUGGCAUCUCUUGCAAAGAAACAGUCUUUUGGUAGGGCUGGAUUUAUGGCUCUCGCACAAUGCAUUGUGUCUACAGCAUAUGUGGUUGGAGGAUAUGGGAACAAGGAAAUGGAGCAUCUCUCUGGGACUCCCCUAGAACCUUCUAGUGGACAUUUAAGUCAAGAUGAGAUGUCACAUAUACUGGAUGUCUUGAAGUUUGUUGCAGAGAGCAGCAGACAACAUUUUAAUCACAAGUACCGUACUCGAGUUUGUCAAAAAGUGUUGGAAACUGCUGCUUCAGUGGUGAACCCUUGUGAAGUUCCUCUUGGAACACUAUUGCAGUUUGUUUCAGCAAUUCCCCGGGAGUUUACUGACCAUAAUGGUUCAUUGCGGAAAACGAUGCUAGAAUGGCUCAAGGGGUGCAACAGAAACACUUCCAACAGUUUAUGUACUGAUGGCACUCGUCUUCUAGCGAGCCUUUAUGAGUAUCUGAAAGAAUUUGUCAGUGAUCAUGUUGAGGGUUAUGAUGACGAAGACUUGGAAGCAUGGGAAUCCCAAACAAAACGAUGGGCAAGAGUCUUUUUCCUCACAAUUAAUGAUGAAGAACAUCUCGCCGAUAUCAUAAUGUUUGUGCAAAAUAGCGGCGUUAAUCUUUUCCAAGAGAAGAACCAUUUAGAACGAGCACCUGCGAAGUUUUUAAUCUUUAUUCUGAGUAUGCUCCUAGAGCUCCAGAACAUGCAAGAUGAGGUCUCUGAGCUUAAUUCUUCGGUGAAGAGCAAGUCGUGUAUUGGUUCUGUUGAGGAAAAUGGCAAGCAGCAGAUCGUUGGCAGUGCUUCAGUUAUUAAUGAAAAGUUUGCUGCUGUUCUCUUAUCGAUACUGAAGCAGCUGAUUUCAUUUGCUGAUUCAUCUUGUUCAAUAUUCUGGUCUCACACUACUGUGGAGAAUGGUGUUCUGUCUGGUUCUAUCAUAGGAAAACUAGGGGGUCCAAGUCAACGACGGCUAUCCGUUCCUACUACAACAGCUGUACUAGAAGCUGUAACGUCGGUGAAAAUCAUUGGGUUGAUCUCGUCACACUGUGGUCAAGUCACUAGUGGAGUUAAUGAACUCAAAUUAGCACUGGCGUUCUUUUGGAAGUUCGUCCAUCAUACACUAUCAUCUCAAAAUUGUAACUCUGAGGCCGAAGCCGAGGUCUGUCUUGCAGCAUUUGAAGCGCUAGCUGCUGUACUGAAUGCAUUUGUGUCCUUGUGCUCAGCUAGAGCUUUCAACCUUUUAGAAAACGAUAAUACAUUAUUAGACAUGGUGGAUGGUGAAUAUUGGUUACAAGCUUCAGUUCCGGCUUUCCUCCACAACAUUAACCAUCUUCUCACAGCAGGACUUCUGGCAAGAAGUAGAAGGGCAGUUCUGCUUAGCUGGAAGUGGCUUUGUGUGGAGUAUCUAUUAUCAGUCAUGCAUGUUCUUGAUGUCAGACGUAUUCCAGGGGAUAGAACGUCUUUCUUCUCAGAUGAUACAGUUAAAAGCAUCUUUUAUGAUAUUGUAGAGAGCCUUGAAAAUGCUGGGGAAGGUUCUGCUUUGCCUAUGCUGAAAUCUGUCAGACUCGCUUUGGGGAUACUUGCGUCUGGGAAGUCAUCUUUGGAUGGUUUCACGGGUGUGGAUACUCAGACGAUGUGGCAGCUGGUCAAAUCAUGUUGGAUAUUGCAUAUCAGCUGCAAGAAGAGAAGGGUUGCACCCAUUGCUGCGCUUUUGUCUUCUGUGUUGCAUUCUUCUUUGUUUAGUAAUAAAGACAUGCACGUAGCUGAAGAUGGAGAUGGUCCGCUGAAGUGGUUUGUUGAAAAAGUUCUUGAGGAAGGUCAGAAAAGUCCACGCACGAUUCGUCUUGCGGCCUUGCACCUAACAGGACUGUGGCUCAUGUACCCUAGGACGAUAAAGUACUACAUUAAAGAAUUGAAGCUUCUGACUCUCUAUGGCUCUGUUGCAUUUGAUGAGGAUUUUGAAGCUGAGUUAUCUGACAAUAAUGAUGCAAGAACUGAAGUAUCAUUACUGGCAAAAAACCCAGACCCAGAACUGACAGAAGUUUUUAUCAACACGGAGUUGUAUGCACGUGUGUCAGUAGCUGGUCUGUUUCAGAAGCUGGCUGAUUUGGCCACUAUGGCCGAACCAGCAUGUCAAAAUAAGGAUUAUCUGGAUGCUAUUGUGGCUGGAAAGUUGUUCCUAUUGGAGCUUCUUGAUGCGGCGGUGCAUGAUAAAGACUUGGCAAAGGAGCUUUACAAGAAGUAUAGUGCUAUCCAUAGACGGAAAAUACGCGCUUGGCAGAUGAUAUGCAUUAUGUCGCGAUUUGUCAGCAAUGACAUUGUUGGCCAAGUCAUGGACAGUGUGCACAUAUGCUUAUAUAGAAAUAACCUGCCUGCUGUUCGACAAUACCUGGAAACAUUUGCCAUAAACAUUUACCUGAAGUUCCCACCAUUGGUUAAAGAGCAGUUAGUUCCUAUAUUGCAAAAUUAUGACACUAAAGCUCAGCAAGCUCUCUCGUCCUAUGUCUUCAUUGCAGCCAAUGUCAUCCUUCAUGCCGAAAAGACAGCUCAACAGACAAAUUUGAGAGAACUUCUUCCACCAAUAAUUCCGUUAUUAACUUCUCAUCAUCACAGCUUACGUGGUUUCACUCAGUUAUUAGUGCAUCGGGUACUCUUUAGACUGUUUCCCCCCGUGGAGUCCACUUCCUCUCAGACAAUAUCGUUGGAGAAACUCUCUUUUGAGAAUUUGAAGUCUUACCUGGACAAGAAUCCUGAUUGUUCGAGAUUGCGAUCAUCAAUGGAAGGAUAUCUUGAUGCCUAUGAUCCCACCACAUCUGCUACUCCGUCUGGUGUUUUUGUCAAUCGUGUUGAGGAAAGUGAGUUUGAAUGUGUUCCAACAUGCCUCAUGGAUAACGUGAUUUCUUUUCUGAAUGAUGUUAGGGAAGAUCUCCGUGCUUCCAUGGCAAAGGACAUUGUUACCAUUAAGAAUGAAGGCUUCAAGAUUGAAGAAGAAACCAACCGUCGGGUGAUCACUUCCACAUCAGAUGAAGAAAGGCUUCCUGAACCAUCUUCAUUGGACUUCCAGAAGAAGAUCACUCUGUCUAAACAUGAGAAGCAAGAUGCUAGUUCAACAACUUCUGUGCUCCAAAACGGGGAAACUUACAAGCGUCUCUUCGAAAUGGAGAAAGAAGACGAGCUCGUGAGUCAGCUCUUACGAUCUAGAAGUAUGGAGGUGGAGAGGUUGAAAUCUGGGCGACAGAGUUUGAUCCUUGUGGCUUCAUUGGUUGAUCGUAUUCCUAAUCUUGCUGGAUUAGCCCGGACAUGCGAGAUAUUUAAAGCGUCAGGUCUUGUCGUUGGAGAUGCAAGCAUAAUACACGACAAACAGUUCCAACUAAUCAGCGUGACUGCUGAGAAAUGGGUUCCAAUCGUUGAAGUUCCGGUGAACAGCUUAAAACUAUUCUUGGAGAAAAAGAAACGAGAAGGGUUCUCAAUCUUGGGACUGGAGCAGACAGCUAAUAGUGUUUCUCUGGACAAAUAUCAGUUCCCAAAGAAGACGGUUUUGGUGCUGGGUCGAGAAAAGGAAGGCAUACCUGUAGAUAUAAUCCAUAUAUUAGACGCUUGUGUGGAGAUACCACAACUAGGAGUUGUUAGGUCCCUCAACGUUCAUGUCAGCGGCGCCAUUGCUCUCUGGGAAUACACUCGCCAGCAACGCAUUCAAUAGUUUUUUUGAUCUGCCCCUCCCAUAGUUUUGCCUAAACACUUGUAGCAAUUAAACGAACGUUUUUUACAAUGAAAUAGAGAUGUUUAUUGGCAUUUCAA